UUGCGGGUUUCAAGCUCUAAACCCUAAUUCCACUCCUCCUGUCUCUUCACAAAGUCUGCUCUUUCUUCUGUUUGUUUGAUGGAGGAGGUUGAAAGCUCCAUGUCCAAGUACUUGGAGUAUUUGGAUUACGAUGACGAAGCAGUAGAAGGUUUUUUCCCAAUCAAUUGUAGGCGUCCCAAUGCUCAUGGAGGCCUUCAUCGUCCUAAUAACUCAACCCUUCAGCCUCUCUCUAAUCGCUACCAGAAGUUCUCUACCCGAAUCCGAGCUUCGCCUUUAGAGGAGUGGGAAGGCAGGUUGAAUAUUGGCAUGUCCAACAAUGUGACAACUUCCAUUCGAGAGUUUAUUCGGGAGACAGCCAUCGGUAGAACCAAAACUACCGAUAGAGCGGAUCGUGCUACUGUUGAGAAGGUCUUCGAUUUCAGAACCAAGUUCAUUAUAUACAAAUUGAUGGGGCGUGAUAUAUGCAAAGAAAUAAAUGGUUGCAUUUCCACUGGGAAAGAAGCAAAUGUUUAUCAUGCAACCAAUUCUGAUGGCCAGGAACGGGCAAUCAAAGUGUUCAAAACAUCUGUUCUGGAUUUUAAGGACAGGGAUAGAUAUGUACAAGGGGACUUCCGAUUCAGACGCGGAUACUGCAAGAACAAUCCGAGGAAAAUGAUGAAGACAUGGGCUGAGAAAGAAAUGAGGAAUCUGAAGAGGAUAAAAGAUGCAGGAAUCAGAUGCCCUACUGCACAUCAUAUAAAUCAUCAUGUACUGGUCAUGGAUUUCAUAGGGAAAGCAGGGUGGGCAGCACCUCUUCUGAACGAUGCGGCACUAUCAUUAGAUAAGCUACGAGAAGGUUAUAGGGAGAUAAUAAUUGCCAUGCGAAUGUUAUAUCAGAAGGCCAAGCUGGUGCAUACAGACCUCAGUGAAUUCAACAUACUUUACUUUGAGGGGCACCUGUACAUUAUUGAUGUUUCUCAAGCAGUUGACCUUUUCCACUCUAAUGCAAAUGAAUUCCUACGUCAAGAUUGUGUCCAUGUUUCUGAUUUCUUUAAAAAACGUGGUGUAGCAGUUAUGACAACUAGGGAGCUCUUUGAUUUUAUAGUUGAUCCAAGUAUUGCUGAGGAAGCAGUGGACAGUUAUCUGGAUGAGGUGCAACAAAAUAUUGUAGACAGAGGAGAUAUAUCUUCGGUGGAUGAAAUUGCUGAAUCUGUAUUUGUGCAGGCAUUCAUUCCAAAUACACUAAACCAGGUUAUAAAUGUUGAAGCAGAUGUACUACGGUUAACUAGUGGUGAGGACACUGAAGAUAUGUACUAUAAAACUAUUACAGGACUAAGGCAGGCUCUUUCUAGUGUCCCACCAUCUCCAUGUGAGACCGAAUCAGACUCUGGUAGUGAUGAAGAAAACUCAAUUGAUUCACAUUCCUCAUCUGGAAUCAAGGCACAGGAACCUCUUGGUAAAAAAGUCGCUAGAAAAGAAAACAAGAAGAAAGUCAAAGAAGAGAAGAAGGAAGCUCGGAAACACAAAUUGCCUAAGGCUGUAAAGAAAAGAAGAAAAAAGUUGUCCAAAGGCGGAAAGUCUCGGUAGUUUGUUGGGAUGGACUGAUGGAGAUGCAAGAGCAGUUUGGUAUUGUUAUUAACUCAUUGCAAUGUAGUGAGAAAGACAGAAAACGCUAUUUAUGUGCUUUGAGAACGAUCAGUUCAAUGUCUAUGUAAAACCAAGUCUUUUGAGGG